GUUGCUCGCCCAAACUCCCCAAAAUGCUGCUCGGCCUCUCAGAACCGCUCCCACAUCUUGUGAACACAAAAUUCAACGUCGCAAAGGCCGCCCAGCACCUGCUCUUCUCCUCUACCGAGCUUGCCGUCGUCCGUACGACAACGGACGUGCCGUUUCAGCUGCGGUAUUGCCCAGCUCUCGCCAAAAAACCUACAGCCUCGGAGGAUGACGCGCCUCGCGAGAAGAAAGACCCGUUCGACAACCCCUCCCCCGAUCUCUGGAUAGCCGAUAUACCUGCCGCCAAUCCAACGCACCUCCUUGUUCUAAACAAAUUCCCCGUGAUCGUGAAUCACUUCAUACUCGCUACGAAAGAGAACAAGCCGCAGACGCAUAUGCUGGAAGAGGGCGAUCUUGACGCGACAUAUGCUUGUCUGAAGGCAUGGGAGCAGGAGCAUUCAGUCCAGAAAUCGCAGGGAUUAUUUGCGUUCUUCAACUCGGGAGAGCAUAGUGGAGCGAGCCAACCGCACCGACAUCUCCAGUUCCUCCCCGUCGAGAGCAUGAGGAAUGGUGAGGCGUCGGCGGGAUGGGACCCUCUCAUCGACAUAAUUGCGUCAAGCCCAGAUUCGUCGCAAACGAGUAGCGAUUCCUUUUGGCAACAUCCAAAACUACCCUUCGCCCAUUUCGUUUCCUCAAUACCUCCUACCCCUACAACCUCUCAGCUCUUCCAAACCUAUAAAGCCCUCUACAAUGCCGCAGCGACAUCUGUACAAGACUACAAGCAAGCUUACCCGUGGAUUGAUCUCACGCUACAUGCGACUGAGGACGGUUCGCUUCCCAUUAGCUACAAUCUGGCCAUGACAACGACGGCGAUGGCCAUAUUACCUCGAAGGAACGAAGGUAGCAUGCUGCGAAAAGAUGACGGGUCAGAAAUCGGCUUUGUCGCUUUGAAUGGGACGGCGCUUGCCGGUACUCUCAUGGUCAAGUAUCAGGAAGAAUGGGAUAUGCUGAAGUCGCGGCCGGAGAAGCUAGACCAGGUCUUGGAAGCUAUUGGGUUGUCGCAUAAUCCUAGCAUCUGAAUCUAUGGACACGGCCCGAAGCUAUAAUCGCAAUUACUGAUCAUGAUGAUACCAUGAGCGGUUACAACGCCUAAUUUUCAUGGGAACAUUCUUGAACGGAAACGAUUCGAUGGAUGUCUUAUGAUGGCUCAAGACAAUGCAACCCUAGUUCGAGCGUCGCUAAGCCUCGAAAUCGGUCACGUGGAUACUCC